AUGCUGCGAGAAGUCAAACCUCGAAACGCUCGCACUGCCCGCAUUGUGAAGGCGCGAGAGCCUCAACACGUAGAGUCACGAAAACGAGUCCUCCUGCUGCAUGGAACAAAAUGCCCUCAACCGGUCAAUUCUGUGUUGAAAACUGUCCACACUCUGACCAAACCCGACUCGGUCCUGCUGAACAAGAAGAACGACAACAUCCAUCCUUUCGAAAAUGCAGAAUCGUUAGAAUUUCUGGCGGGGAAAAAUGAAUGCGGUGUGGUCGUGUUUGGGACUCAUUCAAAGAAGAGACCGAACAAUGUCACAAUUUUGCGCAUAUAUGAUGGAAAGCUGCUUGAUAUGGUGGAGCUGCUUCUCCUUGUACCCACAGAUCCACCACCGAAGAACCAGCAAAUACAAAUUGGGGUGGGAAUGAAGCCUCUCAUCUUGUUUUCGGGGUCUCAAUGGAACGACACGUCGUCCUCUGCACAGGCUACACUGUACCAGACUCUCAAGUCAAUAAUGUUGGAUCUUUUCCAGGGUGAAGAAAUAUCCUCGAUUGACGUGGCCGGGUUACAAUACAUCCUCAUGAUCGCUGCCGGAGAGAGUUCGAGUCCUUCUGGAGAUAUCAACGACCCUUCCAACAAACCCGUCCUACAUCUCAGGUGGUACCGAAUCCGAACAUUGAGGUCGAAUAAUGCGAAAAUACCCCGGGUGGAGCUCGAUCCCAUCGGCCCCAACUUCGAUUUCCGAGUCGGCCGCUACCGAGAUGCAGACCCAGCAGUGAUGAGAGAGGCUUUGAAACAUAAUCGCAGACCAAACGAAGCACGGACCAAGAAGAACAUCGAGACGGAUUUGGUUGGUGAUAAGAUUGGUCGUGUCCAUCUCGGAAAGCAAGAUCUCUCAAGUCUACAAACGCGGAAAAUGAAGGGACUGAAGAGGGGACGGGACGAGCUUGAGGAUGAGGGGAAAGAGAUUGGUGGUAUUGACGAAGAUGUUGUUAGUGAAGACGAAGACAUGGUUGACGGUGGAAUGGACGUGGACGAUGAUAUGUCCGAGGGUAGAAGCAGUGGAGGUGGAAGCGGCGAUGAGAUCAGUAUUGGUGACGAGGAGGAGGAUGAGGAGAUGGGCGAGGACAGUGAGGAAAAUGAAAACCCAAAACGACGACGAAUCUCUUGA